CAAUAGCUUUAGUUGCCUAGCAACACGUCAACAAAAAUAUAUUAUGAAAAGUCUGAAAACUACGAAAAAUAUUUGAAAUUUACGUCUUUUAUAAAUGGUUUGGUUUAUAAAUGUAACUCAUCAAGAUGAGUGGACUACCGCGCGAUAUCUUAAAGUGGAUUCAAAGCUUAGAUCUAAGCCAUCCCGUUAGAAAUACCAAAAGAGAUUUUUCUAAUGGAUAUUUAAUUGCUGAAAUAUUUUCAUGGUACUAUCCUCAAGAAAUAGCAAUGCACUCCUACAAUAAUGGAGCAUCGCUUGAACCUAAAAUAGGAAAUUGGUCCCAGCUUAGACGAUUCUUUCAGAAACAUUCAUGUGAUAUUUCAAAAGAAUUGAUUGAUGGUGUGAUUCAUUGCAAACCAAAGGCUGCACAUCUACUCAUUCAAAAAGUGUACACCUUUUUAACAAAUAGAAGCUUGAAAUGCCUACCAUCAAAUGUUGAAAGUGAUUUUACAGAUUUUGGUUACCAGAUGACAUUGCCUCUCCAUGCUCGAUCUACAGCUUCACAGUCUAUCAAAAACAAUAUUUCCAACUCUGAACUUUGUACAGAACCAGAUAAAAUCACUUGUACCCAAAAGGCGGAGACGAUCAUUAAUAAACAUUUAGAAAGACGUUUGCAAGAACGAGUUGAUAAUCCAGAACGCUAUGGUAUCAAACCAUCACUUGGAGAGCGAAGCAUACGAAAACCUGUAUAUUUUGAAAGUGCUGAAAGUUAUCUCACCGACGUGACCAAAGAAGCGACACAGAGUUUAGAAGAGUUAAAAUUGACUUCCGCAGAAAAUGAAGACGUAGAUAAAACGGAAUCAAUGUUCAAUGGAAAGCAAUUGGUGACAGAAAUCAAUGUUGAACAACAUAAAAAUCUCGUUCCACAAUAAUCAUGAUUUUGUAGUAGACCUGAGUUUAUUCAUUAUAACUUAAUCAUAUGUACAAUGUACAAUGAAUUCUAAACAUUAAAAGUUUAUGCAAGAAAGGUAA